UUUUCGUUUGUCCAAAUUAAAUAUGGCUUCAUUUUGUACUUUGGCAAUUGUACUUGUCUUCCUAAUAGGAAGCUCCUCAGCUCAACUCUCCACUGAUUAUUACUCUAAAUCUUGCCCUAAUCUUUUCACCACCGUAAAAACCGUCGUUCGUUCUGCUAUUCAAAACGAGGCUCGCAUGGGCGCCUCCCUCCUCCGUCUUUUCUUCCACGAUUGCUUCGUUAACGGAUGUGAUGGAUCAAUCCUCCUGGAUGACACAUCAUCAUUCACCGGGGAGAAGACGGCCCUUCCGAAUCGGAACUCUGUCAGGGGAUUUAACAUCGUCGACAAUAUUAAAUCAGCGGUGGAAAAGGUGUGCCCUAAUGUUGUCUCUUGCGCCGACAUCUUGGCCGUCGCUUCUCGCGACUCGGUUGUCAUCCUAGGAGGGCCUGAUUGGAAAGUAAAAUUGGGAAGAAGGGAUUCAAGAACAGCAAGCCUUGCUGCUGCAAACAACAGCAUUCCUCCACCUACUUCAAAUCUCAAUACCCUAAUUUCAAGUUUCAAUUCACUUGGUCUUUCAACCAAGGACUUAGUUGUCCUUUCAGGUUCUCACACAAUCGGACAAGCAAGGUGCACAAGCUUCAGAGCUCGAAUAUACAACGAAACAAAUUUAGACGCUUCUUUCGCGCAAACUCGACGGGGUAACUGCCCGAGAGCCGCCGGCGCCGGAGACAACAACUUGGCCCCGUUGGAUGUCCAGACGCCGGCGAACUUCGACAACAACUACUUCAAGAACCUCAUCAGCCGCCGCGGCUUACUCCACUCCGACCAGCAGCUGUUCAGCGGCAGCGGCGGACGCACCGACUCAAUUGUCCGAUCGUACAGCAGUGAUUCCGCCACCUUCCGAUCAGAUUUCGCCGCAGCUAUGAUCAAGAUGGGUGAUAUUAAACCCGUCACCGGAUCUAAUGGUGAAAUAAGGAAAAAUUGCAGGAUCCUCAAUUAAGAGACAACUAAUUGAUGUUCUGCUUCCUCAGUUUUUUCGAAACCUUUUUAUUUUUAUUUUAUUAUUAUAUGUUUUGUUUGAGAGUGUUGUGGUUUGUUUGGUCUGUCAGCGUCUGUUUGGAUUUGUUUGCCUCUGUUUUUCGACUUUUGUUUUUCCUAAACAAACAUGGUCUUCAAUUUAAUGCAAUUUAAUUUCCAUACUC